ACGUAUUUUGUGUUUCCGGGUUAAAGUUCACCAAAAUAAAAAUGGCGGUGGCGCAUUUCUAGGUUCAUGCUGUCCGAGUUAUAAACACAGCACAAUGAAAGAGACACCUUUGUCAAAUUGUGAGAGGGAUUUCUUGCUUACGGCCAUCCGAGAGAAAAAGCGCCUGGAUGGACGACAGACUUAUGACUACAGGAAAAUCAAGGUCAUGUUUGGGACUGACUUUGGAUGCUGCUUCGUGGAACUGGGCAAGACCAGGGUAAUGGCCCAGGUAUCCUGUGAGUUGGUGGCUCCUAAAGAGAACAGACCAAAUGAGGGAAUGAUGUUCUUCAAUAUUGAGCUGUCGCCCAUGGCGUCACCAGCAUUUGAACAGGGAAGGCAGUCAGAGUUGUCGGUGAAGCUAAACCGACAGCUGGAGCGAUGCUUAAGGAAUUCCAAGUGCAUCGAUACGGAGUCCUUGUGUGUGGUAUCCGGAGAAAAGGUGUGGCAAAUUCGGGUGGAUGUACACACGCUGAAUCAUGAAGGGAACCUAAUGGAUGCCGCCAGUAUCGCCGCGAUCGCUGCCCUUUGCCACUUCAGACGGCCUGAUGUCGGCAUCCAUGGGGAUGAAGUCACUGUGUAUAGUGCAGAAGAACGAGAUCCCAUCCCUCUUAGUGUCUACCACAUGCCCAUCAGUGUCAGCUUUGCCUUUUUCCAGCAAGGAACUUAUCUGCUUGUCGAUCCAAGUGAACGGGAGGAGCGUGUGAUGGAUGGCUUGCUGAUAAUUGCAAUGAACAAGCACAGAGAAAUCUGCUCCAUCCAGUCGAGUGGUGGCAUCAUGUUGCUCAAAGAGCAGGUAAUGAGAUGCAGUAAAAUAGCCAGCGUCAAAGUUUCCGAAAUCACAGAACUCAUCACUAGAGCCCUGGAGAAUGACAACACCGCCCGGAAGGGAGGUGGCAGAUGUGGCUUUGCCGAAUCCAUGCCACAAGAGCGAAUCACCGCUCUAAAAAAGGAGGAGACAUCAGUCGAAAUGCCAGAUGCGACAGAAAGAGCCAAUGACAUUGUCCUGGAGACCGAAGUCCCUCUUCAGACAAGUCAGUCCCCGGUGGUACUGCUCCCAGGCAUGGGCCAGGUCGGCCAAGGGCUUGAGAACAGCUGGGGGAUCGCUGAAGACGAACAGGACGAAGAGGAAGAUGUCAACAGUGAUGAAGACAAAGAAACAAUGAUGGAAGCGGCAGACAAACAGCAAGCCCAGCCUACACAAAGAGAUGUGGUGGAGAUAUCCGACAGUGAAGAGGAUGAAGUUGUCAUACUUCAACCAGAGACACCAGUCAAAGUUCAUAAGAAUACAAGUUCACGUUCCCACCAGAAGGGGCCAGUGGCAUCAAAGAAACGGCCCAAAAAAUGAGUGAAUACAUUUCAAGCAAUUGGCAUAAAAAAAUUGCACCAAUUCUUUGGGACUAUAACAAUCAUUCCUUAAAGCCUCCCUACCAGCAUAUAAAAUGUAUUCCCUGUUUAUUUUCUAUUAGAAUGAGUUGAAUGACACUUGUAAAAAGACUCAAAGAAAAUCCUAAACUUUGAAUUUUGUCCCCUUGGAUUAAGAGAUUAAUCUAGAUUUGCACAAAUUUGAUUCCAAUGAAUUUGGGACGUUGAGUUAAUCCUUAAUAAAAACAGAAUUCAAUGAUUUGCAAAUCAUAUUAAACCUAUGUUUAAUUGAAUGCACUAGAAAGACAAGAUUUUUAACGUUCAAACUGAUAAACUUUGUUUUUGAGGAAAUAAUCAUGAAUUUAGAAUUUUAUGACUGCAACACGUUCCAAAAAAAAAUGGGACUGCGGUUUGGCCAUGAAGCUCCAGCGCUAUUGCAACGAAAUUCAACAUGUUCUUAUGCUAUUUUAGACAGAUUAAAUAAUAUGAAUAUUUUGAACACGGUGUUAAAUUUAAAUUGGUGUGAAAUACACCAGCUCAACCACAUUCUCACAACACAGCACCAGGAAUGACUCGAGAAUCCAAGUCUGGCACCUCAGAGUUCAAGACGACUGCUGUCCACAAACUAGGUGACAAAUACUUUUGUACAUUAAAUGUCUUAAUUGAUCUCUAGUUUGAUGAACAGCCACCUCAGAUAAUAUAUAUAUUUUUAAUUUUAUCUCUACAUUCUUUUGGUUAAACCAGCUCUCAAAGCAGAGAAAUCUUUCCUGUUAAAAGCAUUUUCAAAUAAAGUGGUAUUAGUCGCGUCGCAAACUUGACUUGUAUAAUGUAGAUUUCCCAAAGUGCUAAGAAAGCGGCUGGCACAGGUAAAGGGUUUUCAGCCGCCGGUGUCAAACUCAAGGCCCGCAGGCCAGAUGCGGCCUUCCACAUCAUUUUAUGUGGCCUGCAAAAACGAAGCAAAAAAUUAAUAAUAAUAAUAAUACCUAAAUUGCAUAAUAUCUUCAGUUUUAAAAACUUUGAGAAACUUUUUUUUUUAACCAAUAUCCUUUUCAAAUUUUCACUGAUUCCACCAUUCAAGAAAUCACUUAAAAAGAGAAGGGAAAUAGGAAAAGAGACUGGGCCAAAAUGGGGUGGCACAAUUCAUCAGCUGGUAAAGCGUUGGAAUCACGGUUCUGAGGUCCCGGGUUUAAUCCCAGACCCGCCUGUGUGGAGUUUGGAUGUUCUCCCCGUGCCUGGGUGGGUUUCCUCCGGGCACUCUGGUUUCCUCCCACAUCCCAAACACAUGCAACAUUAAUUGGACACUAAAUUGCCCCUCGGUGUGAAUGCGAGUGUGACUGUUUGUCUCAAUGUGCCUUGCGAUUGGCUGGCAACCAGUUCAAGGUGUACCCCGCCUCCUGCCCGUUAACAAUUGAACCCUCCGUACAGGGCACUUAACCACGCCUCCUAAAGUGACGUCAUGCCACGUGCGCUGACGUAAGACAAACAGUAAAAACGGCAAAUACAAUACAUUCUUAACUGAGAG